AGUUGUUGCGCCUAAUUGUUCGCGUACAAAGUGCAAGAGCCUGAAGAAACUUUUUUUGAGGUACUCGAACAAGGAACGAUCAUUCCCGGCCGCGACAUUGCAGGCUACGUACGUUUCAUCUUGUCAUGACGCUAAUCUGGCUGCUGCUGCUUGCCGCAGCUUCUGCAGCAACAUUUGCAAUGUCGCAAGAUUGCAGCCAAGGUGCUUGGGAAGAAUACAAAGAAAAGUUCCACAAAAGCUAUUCUUCCGAAGAUGAGGACAGCUUUAGGUUCGACAUUUUUUGCAAGAAUGUAAAGAUGAUCGAAGAGCAUAACGCAAAGUAUAACAGGGGCGAGGUCUCAUACAGCAUGGGACUGAACCAAUUUUCAGACAUGACUCAGGAGGAGUAUGAGCACAGCUCGUAAAGUUUCGAUGUCACCCGAUCGCCUAAGUCCACAACGGCGGAAGGAUAUGUAGGAGGCAGUGCAAGACAUCUCGGGAGCAAACAUAAUUGCUGGCUGAAAAAUAAAAACUACGAGUUGUGCGUUAAACCUUACGUGCACGC